AGCGCGCACUGCUCCGAGCCAAAGACCCCCAGCCCCAAGAGACCAACACUCACCCACACCUUUUUCCAAGUUUUUUACUAUGGAAUUUGCCCGCCGCUUUUCCCACACCAGUGAGAUGCUUCAGGCCACUACGUUUAAGGACGCGCGGCAGCCCGGAGGCUUGCACGUAGACACAAACAACAACAACCGAAGCGCCAAGGCCGCCCAGGAGCCACAGCAGGAUGCCAGCCCGACGUCUAGCCCCAUCUUGGGCCCUCGCUCUGCCCCUUCGUCAACUCACCACAUGGACAACCAGCGUCGGCGCCGCAGUCACUCGGAGUGCCUCCUUCUUGCCAAGACAAACGGCACACAAGAUCUCCCGGGCCCGUGCGCCGAGUACAUCAGUAACGUGAAGCAGAUGCUGGCUCGAAACGACGACCAGCUCAUGCAGCUUAAGCGACGCCGCAGCAUGAACCUCGGCCACCCCUCACUCUUCAAGUAAAAUCCCAGUCAGAGACGGACCCGCAGCGAAGAGAAAGCUGCACGUUGGCGUCGACCUGGAAAGAGUGUCGACAACGUUAUUUUAUAAAGAACCAAGCCGCUGUAUUUAAUACGAGAAUAGUACACUCCGUUCGACUCAAAA